AACAUCCGACACGUUGCCGUUGCCAUAUACUCCUGGCCACGUCUCACGUUUCCUCACUAAUGCCAACACUAUUAUUUCACUCACGACCGUCGUUUGUACCACCUUGCAGCAUAUAGAAUUUAUUGUUUGUUUGUUUCCUUGCACCGUUGAUUACAGUUCGAUCAGCUUACAGGUUCUCUGACUCACCGACUCCAACAUUCACAAAAGACCUAUAAUAGAAGAAGAUUUAACGAACCCCAACUUUCAGAUCCAACGAGAAAGGAGUAUCAAGUGAUAGAAUAUUACAAGAUGCCAGCCGCGCAAGAGAAUCCAGAUGGCAAGGCGCCGAUUGUUUGUGUUUUCUGUGCUUCUUCGCCAGGCAAGGAUCCCAUUCACUUAGAGUCUGCGCGAAAACUCGGAAAGUCGCUUCAUGACUCAGGUUACAGCCUCGUGUAUGGUGGUGGAACGAUGGGCAUCAUGGGCGAACUGGCCAAGACCUUGGUCUCAUUAUCUGGUCCUCGGUCAGUCCGUGGUAUCAUUCCUCGAGCAUUGAUCCGCACGGAGGUCGAUCCUUCCACUCGAACAGACGCAAAUCACAGUGGGAAUCGAAGGAAGGUUGAGCGUACAAUGUCAUCAGAUGAACUUCAACGAAUCACGAGUAGUGAGGAUCCCAACAGCGAUAUCAUCCCGCAAUCAGAGUUCGGCGCGACCACAGUGGUUCCAGAUAUGCACACUCGGAAGCGCAUGAUGGCUCAGUCGGUUGAGGCUGGAGGUCCUGGUUCGGGGUUUGUUGCUUUGGCUGGAGGUUACGGAACCAUCGAGGAGGUCAUGGAAAUGGUGACUUGGAAUCAGCUGGGAAUCCACAGCCUACCAAUCGUUCUUGUCAAUAUCAAUGGGUACUGGAACGGACUGUUGGAUUGGGUCAAAAACAGUGUCCGAGAAGGGUUCGUGGGCGAAGGGGCUGUCAAUAUCUUAGUCGAAGUUCAGAGCACGGACGAGGUGAUACAGGCGUUAAGGGACUACAAGACGGCUCCGGGGAGAUAUAAGCUGGACUGGAACAACGAGUAGAGGUGAAGACAAACGAGAUAGAAAGGAAAACAUUGCAAGACUCGACAAUGCUGCUCUUUUCCAUUGCCAUCAUC